GUCCCUUAGAUACAGUUUAGACAUUUCAUAGAAAAUUAACUUAUACCUGUACAUUUGUAAUAUAUAUUUGUAAAUAAGCUGAUAAGAUAAAAAUAUGUUCAAAAUUCCUUCAUCGAAAGAUAUAAACGAAAAGGAUGAGAUUAAACCGAGCAGUCUUUUCCAAAGUUACAAGCAGAAGAAGCAAGAACAACCAGCACCGGUUGUUUCAAGCAAACCAAACACUAAUGCAACGACCACUGGUCCAGUAACAGUAUCUACCUCGAAGACAAAAUCUUCCACAACAACAGCUGCAGUUACAGUAGGAACAACUAAACCAACAACAUCGGCAACAACAUUGAAAGGUCAGACGUCAACAUCUGGUUCCCAUCCCCAGGCAGUGCUGGAACCAGGAAAUUCCACUGAAGGGAACUCGACUGGCACCAAGCCAGCUCUGUCAAACUCCAUUAGAGUCAAUCAUAGACAGAGAGGCAAUCCAAUAUUGAAGCAUAUUCGAAACGUACCAUGGGAGUAUGCAGCCAUUGUUCCAGAUUAUGUGAUAGGCAGGUCCAAUUGUGCGCUCUUCCUCAGUUUGCGGUACCACCAGCUUCACCCAGAGUAUCUGCAUGAGCGGCUGAAGGAGCUUGGCAAGGGUUAUGAACUUAGGGUCCUGCUGGUCUUGGUUGAUGUUAAAGAUCCACACCAUUUGUUAAAAAGCUUAACGAAGAUAUGCAUUCUCGCUGAUUUAACGAUGAUCUUAGCUUUUACUGCAGAAGAGGCAGGACGGUACUUAGAGGCAUAUAAAGUGUAUGAGAAUAAACCGGCAGAAGCUCUAAUGGAGCGGGCAGAUACUGACUAUGUCUCUAAGCUCACUGAAUGUCUAACUACUGUGAAGUCUGUGAACAAAACCGACUGCUUGACUCUUAUUAGUGCUUUCAAGUCAAUGGAGGGCAUUAUUAAAGCGAGCAAGGAGGACAUCUCAAUGUGUGCAGGAUUUGGGCCACAGAAGGCACAAAGACUGUAUGAUGUUUUCCAUGAGCCGUACCUUAGACUGAAGAAACGGGAAAGAGAAAGGCUAAGAAAUGAAGAGCAAGACAGUAAAACCAGUCCAUCUAAGAAGUCCAGAUGACCAGUAAAACCAGUCCAUCUAAAAAGUCCAGAUGACCAGUAAAACCAGUCCAUCUAAGAAGUCCAGAUGACCAGUAAAUCCAGUCCAUCUAAGAAGUCCAGAUGACCAUACUGCCUUGAUUAUACAUUUAUUUAUUUAACUUUGCUCUCUUUAUAUUAAAUAAAAUAUAAAAAUGA